UUCUCGUGCUUCUUACCCUUGCGUUUGAAUAAACGUAGAAUACAUCUGAUUACCGGUUGAGCUGCUCUGUAGUCCAGCUGUAUGUGUUGUGUUUGUUGAUUUGACAUGUUGUCUUCCUCACCAGCGAGCCAAGCAGGGAGUGUGGAUGCAACCAUCAUUUUUUCAACUAUUGCACAGAGUUGCUGAGGGCCCAGCAGGUUUGAUGCCCACUGCUCCAACAUGGAGCCCUCAGAUAUUAUCACACACAAGAACGGGCGGCAGAGGAAGCCGGCAGGUGCCAACCUCCCAAAUGAAAACAUGAGGGAUGUAGCUAGGAGGGAGACAAGUGCCUCUGAGCCAGACAUAGAAGAGGAGACAGAGAGCCUUAUCAGAGGGUCAGAUUCUGAGGAUGGGAGACGAAGAGUCCGGCCGGGGAUCCGUGGCGAGUUGGGCAAUGUGUCGCUCCUUCUGUUUCUCUAUGUGCUGCAAGGGAUUCCUCUGGGACUGGCUGGCAGCAUCCCUCUGAUUUUACAGAGCAAGAGCGUCAGCUACAAAGACCAAGCCUUCUUCAGCUUUGUAUUCUGGCCGUUUAGUCUCAAGCUUCUCUGGGCACCACUGGUGGAUGCUCUCUACUACAGCAGGUUUGGUAGAAGAAAGUCAUGGCUGGUGCCCACACAGUACCUGCUGGGCCUCUUCAUGCUCUACCUGUCUGUAACUGUCAAUUCACUGCUGCAGAGUGAGGGGGGACCAAACGUGACAACACUUACUGUAGUCUUCUUUAUUCUCGCCUUCCUAGCAGCCACACAGGAUAUAGCUGUGGAUGGCUGGGCCCUGACCAUGUUAUCCAGAGAAAAUGUGGGUUAUGCAUCUACAUGCAACUCUGUAGGCCAGACAGCUGGCUACUUCCUGGGGAAUGUGCUCUUUCUGGCUCUGGAAUCUGCUGACUUCUGCAACAAAUACCUCAGACUAGAGCCCAAGGAUACAGGCAUUGUUACCUUGUCAGAAUUCUUGUUUUUUUGGGGGAUGGUGUUCCUGGGUUCCACGACGCUGGUAGCCAUUUUUAAAAGGGAAAACGAGUACAGCAAAGGAAAGAGGAGAGUCCAGGAGGAGACACAAGGUGUCAUGGAAACCUACAAGUUGCUGCUCUCUAUUAUCAAGAUGCCCACAGUCUUCACCUUUUGUGUCCUGCUUCUCACUGCUAAAAUGGGUUUCUCUGCAGCAGAUGCAGUGACAGGGCUGAAGCUGGUGGAGGCUGGAGUUCCCAAGGAGCAGCUGGCAUUGUUGGCGGUGCCCAUGGUGCCUCUGCAGAUUCUUCUACCAGUAGUCAUCAGUAAAUACACGGCAGGGCCUCGACCUCUGGAUGUCUUCUACAAGGCCUUUCCUUUUAGGUUGCUUAUAGGACUGGAGUAUGCUCUGCUGGUGUGGUGGACCUCCACUGUAAAACAUGACGGAGGGUUCCCUGUUUACUACUAUGCCAUAGUGCUGCUUAGCUAUGCAGUGCAUCAGGUGGCGCUGUACAGUAUGUACGUGGCCUGCAUGGCCUUCCAUGCCAAAGUGAGCGACCCACUCAUCGGCGGGACCUACAUGACCCUGCUGAACACCGUCACGAACCUUGGAGGAAACUGGCCCUCCACUGUGGCUCUGUGGAUGGUGGAUCCACUGACCUCUAAGGAGUGCCGGGGGGCUGUCGGGCAGAGCUGUGGGUCUCCAGAAGAGGCGGGGCUGUGCGUUUCUGAAGGCGGCGCUUGUGUGACGACAUUGGACGGCUACUACGUGGAGUCAGUGGUGUGCGUUGUGAUUGGUUUAGCCUGGUGGGUUUGGUUGGGGAAGAAAAUGAAGCGGCUGCAGGAACAGAGCCCCGCUGCGUGGCGGUGCAGAGUUAACCAGUGAUGACACGCACUAUCAUCGGUACCACGGACUCUUCUUGGUGAACUGUACCUCUGCAUACUCUACUCCAAAAACAGCUAAAUGCUGGACACGCUGUAAUUCCAUCCUCACCCGUCUGGUUUAUUUCCCCUGGUCCAGCUCGAGCUGCUACGUUCACAAAAGAAACACCCACUCUCACACAUUGCCACCUCUGUCACCUUGACAUACGUAAAUCUGAAGUAAUGAACUGCUCUUGUGUUCUGUGAAGGUAAAAACCUUUCUUUCACUACUCAUACUACCUGUAUCUGUAACUGUGUCCUCCUGAAAACUGAAACAACCGUUCAGUCUGGUUAAGAACAUUUAUAUAAAAGUUAAACUUGUUUUUUUUCCCCCUCUUAAACCAUAUUCUGCUGCUUGAAAUAGCCUAACCAAAUCAGAGCUGGGUCAAAGAGUGCUUUUGUUUUUCAUUUGAACUUGAAUGGAUCACCAGCCCGUUGGAUUUGCUACUUUUAAUCAUCCAAAGACAAACAACAGCAGAAAUAACUUUUUGAAAAUUCAGCCUUCCAAUGUUUUAGAAAGCUUGUGAAAUGAUUUUAGUAAACCCAGUGGUUGUAAAGGAUACUAAAGGGAAAAAAACGGGAAAACAGAGAUGUGCUCCUUUGAACUGUUUUUUUUUUGAAGAUUCCCAUUAAGUCUCCACACUCUUCCUGCUGGGACCUUUACAUCCACCUACACCUGCAACCUCACUUUGGUAUUUAACCCAAAGUAACAAAAAUACUUAGAUAUAUUAUAAGACGAAUAUAAAAGUGAUAAACUAACUGAGCUGUUGUAAAACUCAACCCAUCUGGUAAUCCAAGUACCGUAAGUUAAACCCAGAGUGAAGAAUAAGUUUAAUAGCUUUUUGACUCAGAUCUGAACCAACUGUUUCAUGAUUGUUUAAAUGUUCUUGAUUUUUUUUCCUCCAAAGUUCUCUGUGCCUUGUUUAGCUUAUCAAUGUCUCUUGACUUUGAAGACAUCCAGCAACAACAAGUCAAAGCCAACCAACAUUCGAGCUGUUGUUAAAUAAUCAAGGCAGGGAAUAUUACAGUUGUUGUAAUGUACUGUACUUAGUAGUGUCAUUACUUCAGUUAUUUCUCUCUUUUUAUUUACAUACUCCAGAGUCGGAAGCUGAAUACACAUUCCUUAUGAAGAAUUUAAUUUGCACAGUGAUUUAUGCAUAUUAUACAACCAGUAUCACCAGUGGUCAAAUGAACGGAAAUUAAAAGGUUGGUUUUUUUGUUG